AUGAUUGGAGAAUCUACCACUGAGUACCUCUUUAUCCGGAUUUGUAUCCUAUUUCUUCAUAACAUUGCACCAAUCAGUAUUUUAUACAGCACUCAGUUACUCCUUGUUCAAUUCGUUCAUCUGCCAAAUUAUCUUGAACACCUCCCUUACCCGAUUCAAAUAUGGCUCACUACAGAGGCAAUCUUUUUAAUCACUUUCAUCAUACCACUCAAAUACAAUCUCCAUCACUCUACUAUUUGCCACAGACCUUUGUCCGCGGAGGGCAGGGAGAAACUGUUCAGACGUUGCAUCGCGAGCGUGCCAAACCUAGAGAAAUAUCUCAGCCGAUGGCUUUUAGUAUCAGAAGCCGAAUACAUCAAACGUGAUAAUGUUAAAGACUUUGUCAGAUGGGCAUUCUUCAGACCUGACUAUAAGCAUAAGUGGGACCAACAUGACGAGGUGGAAGUCGAGGCCUAUACAACAGAAAUUGAGAAGCUGAUUGGACAAAAAUUGGCACCAGGAAGGAUAGAUUUGAAAGGUCUUGGACAGCUUCUACAUGAAACAACCGGCUCGCAUCGCAGUCUGCUAUGGUACACUUGUGUCUUUGUUGUUGACACGGUAACAUACUGCAAGAUGCUAUACAAUGGAUUCCACUUCCAUCGCAGCUCCCUCUCGCGAUUCUUUAACAUCUUUCCAAUUCGCCCCCUCACGCUAUUCACGGCAUACCAAUCACCAGCGCAGCAUCUCACGUACUGGCAUCGACAGCAUACAUCCACAAAACGGCUACCUGUACUAUUCAUACAUGGUAUUGGAGUUGGCCUGUACCCUUACAUGAACUUCCUUCAAGAGCUCAACAGCGAGCUAGAGACGGGAGCAAAUAAUGAUGGUGAGGUCGGUAUCAUUGCACUUGAGAUCAUGCCAAUAAGCUCUCGGAUAACCCAUCCCGCUUUAGAAAGGCAUGUGAUGAUCCGUGAGAUUUUGCAGAUUGUGCAGUAUCAUAGGUGGAGCAGAUUCGUGCUUGUAUCCCAUUCUUAUGGUUCCAUAAUUGCUGCACACCUUCUCAAGUCUGAUCUGUUUGAUACGCUCAUCGGACCUAUGGUCUUCAUCGACCCAGUCGCAUUUCUCCUCCACCUUCCUGACGUGACAUACAACUUCACAGUCCGCCAGCCAGCACGAGCCAAUGAAUACCUGCUAUGGUACUUUGGGAGUAAAGAUAUAGGAGUUGCCCAUACAUUGUCACGGAGAUUUUCCUGGAUUGACAACAUAAUCUGGAGGGAGAAUCUCCGGAUAAAAGGCGAAAAGAACCAAGAGGGUAGAAACGUCACAGUAGCUUUAAGUGGCAAGGAUGCGAUUGUAGCCACUGAAACAGUGGCACAGUACUUGGUGGGUUCAUUAUCUGAUCGACCAUCAACACGUGGAUGGAAAAACAAGUCCUGGAUUGGAUACGGGCUUGAACUGCUGUGGUAUGAACAGUUGGAUCAUGCUCAGAUAUUUUCUUUUAAGGAUACUAGGUGGCCAGUCAUUCGGGCGAUCUCUGUAUAUUCAGGUGCAGGUUGA